AUGUCGCUGAAACAAAUUGCACUUUUAUUACUAUUGGGCUCGAUUUCGAAUUCGCUCAAACUAGACCAUCGAUAUAAAACAAUCGAUAAUGUUCAGUAUUGUUCGCUUCAAGGCGAACACUCGCAGGAAUACGCCGCAUUAACCAACCCAAAAGCAAUGUAUUUCGGCUGUGUCAAUUUCUACAAGGUCAUCGUUUUCAUGGUCCAUUGGUCCGAUGAUGAUGUGCGCUUGUGGACGAGACGAAUGAAACAUUUGCGCGAUGUGAAGCUUUACAUUGAGAAUACGACGGCGACGGAGGUCAAUUUCUACAAUCUUCGAAAAAUGAGCAACGUGCAUUUUUAUAUUAAAAAUAAUAUGCAACUAAAGCGCAUCGUUUUUUUCGAUGAUGCAAUUUUUGACAAAAAUGGACGUGCUAAAAAUAAUUUUGAAUUGGAAGUCUACUCGAAUCCGCUAUUAACCGAUGAGGAUGGGAGUCUGAAGCGAGCGUGCAAACAUUGCCUAUUUUAUCGCAUCUAUCGCUAUUCGUUUAAAAUCAUCGACGAUGCUUACGAUCAAAUCAAUGGAAAAUGGUGCUCGUUUAUGUCAUUUCGCGGCAUUUCGAGCUCAUUUUAUCAGCCGUUUUCCGAUAUUUAUCAAUGCUCGAAUUUGGCGGCUAUCAAUCUUUUUAUGGUCGACACGGAGAAAUGGACUGUCGAGAAGAUUGCAAAUAUCACGACGAAAAUUGUAUCGGCUUUCGACGUCAAACUCAUCAUUGCCUAUUCGAAAAUUGAGCUGCUUGACUUGAGCUCGAUGACGUUUGCCCAUAAAUUCGAAUUAUACAUCAUGGAUAAUCCGAAUUUGCGCGAUAUCCGAUUAUCCGAGGCGAUUCGGACAACGCGUGAUCUCGGCAAUCGUUUCACUGUAUUUUCGAUCAAUAAUCCAAAAAUGAGCAAGAAGACGUACGAGAUGCUCGUUCGGAUUUGCCAUCCGAAGCGAUGUUCGAUUGAAACGCGUUGA